GUCUGUACAGACGCGUUCCGACCGUACUCUUAAGGAUCUCUUUCGGGCUAAACGCGGGUGAAUUGCUGGCUCGCGGACCAGGCAAAAAAUGGCAGAGGCGACGACUCUGGCUGUUCACCGGUGUCGGUUCGUCGACUUUACUCCCUCCGCCGUCACUGCGCUCUGCUUCCCGCCUCUGCGUCUGCCCUCGGUGAAGGGAAAGAAAAGUACGGUGAAUAGGAAGCCGCUGAGGUUCCCGACACUGGCUGUAGGGAGGGCAAAUGGAAACAUCGAGCUGCACGAGUGGACAGGCGCGGAGGGAGUAUUGCAGGCGCCGCAAGCAUGGGUGGUUAGGAAGACACUAGCAGGUAUACAUGGGACUAAAGUUGACUCGCUCGCAUUUGCUAUCAAAUCUCCCGAUCGACUUGCAGAGGAUGAGGUUCCAACCACCGCAAACCUUCGUUUAUUCAGUGCGGGAGGUAGCAGUUCGCUUGCAGAAUGGGACACGGAGCAAGCAUGUGUCCGAAGAAUGAUCGACUCGCAAGGCGGCCUCAUCUGGUGCAUCGCCCCCAACCCCGCAUCAACCCUGCUCGCAAUAGGCUGCGAAGAUGGCGCCGUGAGGCUCCUCUCACUCGAGCAUGACACCCUCUCACACCUCCGGCGCUUCGAUAGGCUGAAAUGCCGCAUACUCAGCAUCGCUUGGGGCCCACCUGUCCCUCGCGAGACCACGAAGGAGACUGCGGACGGCUCUGAUUCUGACGAUGAGAAUGAGGAUGACUGGUCGGAUGCUUGGCUCGUCACAGGGUGCUCGGAUAGCAGUUUGAGGAAAUGGGACGUGCCGAGUGGGCGGGUGACGGACAGGAUGACCACAGAGAGGGUGAGGGGGGAGCGCACGCUUGUAUGGACCGUAGGAGCUCUUGGUGACGGGACGAUUGUGUCCGGAGAUUCCAUGGGCAUCGUCAAAUUCUGGGAUCCGAUAACAUGUACUCAAGUUGACAGCUUCCAGGGACAUGCAGCUGACGUGCUUUGCCUUACCAUCAGUCCUGAAGGCACUGUAGUCUACACGUCGGGCGUGGAUCAAAAAGUCACCCAAUACUCACAUAUCAAGACGCCCAAAUCUCAGAAGUCCUCCUCUCUGCUCUCCCGUCCAUCCGCACGCUGGAUCCAGACAUCCUCCCGUCGAUUGCACUCGCACGACGUCCGAGGGCUCGCCAUUUGGCCCCCGCACACGCCCGUCCCCGUACCUUACCGUCGUCAAUAUCCCAUCGAUGUUGCCCCCAUCCUUGCCUCCGGCGGGCUGGACAUGUCCGUUGUCGUCACACCCGCCGCACUCGCCACAGCCACUGCAACCAAAAUCGUCAAUCCGCUCGCGACGAGCACCACCGCGACAUUUGACGAGUCGUACCACCGACGGCUUGCGUACAGCUCAGGGCUGUACAACGCGAGUGCCGUGCAUCUGGCAAGAAAGGCGAGGUUGCUCCUGUGCACAAGGGACGCGGGCGUCAGUGUGUGGAGAAUCCUGCAGAAGAGGGACCCAUCAGGGUUCGAUGAUGUGCCAGGACAAAACCCGGACAGCAGUUACCAGAGGGUGCUGGAUAUGGAUUUGAAUGUUUCCACCAAUCUUGUCGCGAGUGCUAUCUCAGACGAUGGUCGGUGGAUUGCAGUCGCGGAUUGGUAUGAAACGAAACUGUUCCAUCUACAUCCAGAAAAGAACGGCAAUCUCAAGCCAAAGCGGAUACGAGAUUUCUCUGCUGUUAUUUUCGAGAGCCUUCCGGAGGGAGCCCGAAACUCGACGGGUGCAUCGUCCUUGAUGUUCACACCAGAUUCUACGAGGCUCGUUGUAGCAACUGCCAUGUCGUGCUGUGUCCUAGUGAUUGACCUCAAUGACGCCGCGAAUUCUCAGAAACCUCGUAUCCUGCGCAGGUUCGAGCAACAUCGCAUGAAAGACGCGGUCAUUGGCGACCGCGUGGUCAAGGGCGCGGGUAAGAAAAGGAGACACCGAAGCCAGAAGCAUAAAGAAGGCGCAGAAGACAUCGAGAUGGCCGAUGCCCAGCAGUCCGGCGGUGAGGAGAAGGACCACCUCUCCGACAGUGAAACAGAGCUUGCCCCCGCUGAAGGGCGCAACACUCUGCUCGGCACCAUCACGCGCAUGGCGAUCAGCCCCGACGGCCAAUGGCUCGUGACGACCGAUGAGCGCUGCCGGACGCACGUCUUCAAUCUCGACGCGAUCGUACACCACGCACUGCUUCCAACGUUCCCCGCGCCGGUGCACGCGCUCGCGUUCGACCCUUCGCAGCCGAGCGUGCUUGUGCUCGGGCUCGCGAACAACGGAAUACAUGUAUACGAUGUCGAGACGCGGAGCUUCCCGACAUGGGCCCGCGCAUUGGAACGUACGCUGCCGCAGCGCUUUGCGCAGCUGCACGACCCGAUACUGGGUGUGACGUUCGAUCCGGGAUCGGCUGUUCAGCGUGAGGGAGCAGACGAGAACGGCGACGCGGACGAGCGACCCUUGCCUCCGCGGAACGCACUGUUCUGGGGCGCAACGUGGCUCUGCCGCAUCAAGCUCGACGCGGACCAAGGCUGGGGCGGCUUCGAGAAGAAGCGGCGGCGCGACACGUACGGGCGCGUGCCCCCGCCACCAGACCAGAAUUUUCGCCUCGUCACGCACUACCGCUCGCUGCUGUUCGUCGAUUUUAUUGCAUCCACCGAGCUCGUCGUCGUCGAGCGCCCGCUGGUGGAAGUCCUCGCAUCGCUGCCGCCCGCGUUCUUCAAGCCAAAGUACGGCAAAACGUGAGAUGGGCAAGAUCAGUCACGCGAUCGUCUAUAUAUACUGUUGUAAUCUAUGUACGCCGGGAUGGGCAGACAAGGUGCAAAAAGUACAGUAGAGAAAGGGUAGUUGAUACGUAUGUGAGUGCUAGAGCUACAGUGGAUGAUGAGAGGCGGAUUCCCGUCCUAUGACUCGGAGCGAUCCUGACAGGCAAACAACCGGAGACCUCAAACAAGAUCCUCCACGAGAUACCCAAGAAAGGGAAGAGUAGAGCAAGGAGCAAUCCAUCAAUCAGUG